AUGGGCAACCCAUCAGAGCACGGAUUAGCUCGCGUCAUCCAUCACAAGGACUAUUAUAUACGCGGUGGUGAUAUGACCGUACUGGUCGAGAAUCAUCUCUAUCGGAUACACAGUUACUUCUUCGAACGUGAAUCGCUUUUUUUCCGCCAGAAGUUCCAGUCAGCCGAAGGCGAGGAACGCGGCUCAUCAGACAACAACGCCUAUACCUUGGAGGAUGUCAAGAGCGAAGACUUUGCACGUUUCCUCUGGGUCUUCUACAACCCAAAAUAUUCGCUCUAUGAGGCGCCUCUCGAGACGUGGCUGAGUAUUCUACACCUCGCCAACCGGUGGAGUUUCAACGACGUCAAGGAGCUCACUGUACGUGAACUCGAGAAAAUUCAGAUAGAGCCCGUCGACAAGAUCGCAACCUAUCACGAGUACAGUAUAAACAAGCUUUUCCUCAUCCCAGCAUACAUCGCGGUCUGUAAGAGGGACAAGCCUUUGACAUUUGCUGAGGGCAUGCAGCUUGGGAUGGAGACCGUUCUCCGUGUAGCAGACGCUCGUGAGCGGGCUCGCCAGCGCGCCGCUGAGAAUGGAGUCCGCUCACCUACAUUUGACGAUUUCGAGGACAGUGACAUGGAAUCGAUGGUCAGGGAGGUUUUUGGAAUAACGCCGCGACCAAUAUCGCCGAUUCCGCAGACCAGUAAUUCAUCUACCUACACCAACGGCUCGACCUUCACAGGCAGCACGAAGGUCAAUGGGUCGACGACAACCAAAGCCAAUGGUGGCUUUUCAGCUCGUACCAGUGGUUCAUCCAACCCUGACCCGGUUGUUCGUUCCUCCGUCGACACCACACACACGUACCCGGCUGUUCGUUCCUCCAUCGACAGUAUACACACGUACGCCACGGCCAAGGAAUCGCCAUCCACUUCUUCGGCUUCUUCGACAAAUACGCACGUUCCUUCGCCGUCAAAUACUGGUCCGAAGCCAGCUGCCUCAGGCCCUGAGAGCAAGCCCGCGCUGCCGGAGAAGUUCAAAGCGCCUGAGCAGACGAGCUCUCCUUCCGCUGCAUCCCACUUUACCGACCCAUCUCAGGCUGGCUCCUACAAACCAAACGGAACGGGUGAGCCUUCAUCAGUGGCGAGUCCUGUACUUAUCUUUUUCUGA